AUGCAUAGUGUAUUUAUUAUGCUCAUAUACUUUUUACCAUAUAUUACAACUCAAAAUUCAACAGUAUUAUAUUCAAAAUAUCGAUGGCUACAACUGCCAGCAACUCCUAAACUUUCUCCUUAUCCUAUUGGUCAAUAUGCUGAGAUCAAUAAUAUUCUGAUAUGGUAUACAAUCUACGGUUCAGAUAAUGCUAUUCCUCUCCUUUUUCUUCAUGGUGGUUUUGCUAAUAGUGAUUAUUGGGGAUUACAAGUCGGAGAACUUAAAUCAUUGUAUCGAUGUAUAUUAAUGGAUUCUCGAGGGCAAGGUCGAAGUUUCACAUCAUCAACUAAUAUUACAUAUGAUUUGAUGACAUCUGAUGUUAUUGCUUUGUUAGAUUAUCUUAACAUUGAACGAGUACAUGUAGUUGGAUGGAGUGAUGGAGGCAUUAUUGGUCUCAACUUAGCGAUGAAUUAUCAGAAUAGAUUAAUCUCAUUGUUUGCAUUUGGAGCAAGUUAUGUUCCUACUGGUGCAAAAGAUAUUUUCACCUCGCCUGUUUUUAUGGCCUAUAUCGAACGUACUAAAGUUGAGUAUGAAGCAAUGAAUCCAGUCAAUGACUAUUCAAGUUUGUACAAUAAUUUGACAUCAAUGUGGGCUAUACUUCCAAACUGGACUCAACAAGAUUUUGAAAGAAUUGAUAAGAAUUUGCCCAUUUGGAUAGUAGAUGGUGACCACGAAGAAGCUAUCUUUCGAAGUCAACCAGAUGACAUGACUAGUUGGAUUCCACAAGCAAGUGAAUUGAUCUUACCGGGAACGGGCCAUUUUGCAUUUAUUCAGGAUCCUGUAGUUUUUACUGCAUUCGUGAAACAUUUUGAUCAAUAUAUCUUUAUAUCGGAUACUGACAAUCAUCGAGUGAUAAAAUCGAUUAAUGCUGCUUCAGAAGGUACAGUUGUAGCCGGUGGUCAAGGCAAAGGAAAUGAUCUUACGCAAUUGUCUUAUCCUCAAGCAGUGAUUGCUGAUUCGUCAGGUAUAAUUUAUGUGGCAGACGAAGAAAAUCAUCGAGUAAUGCGCUGGUUUCGUGGAGCGACUCAAGGCACUAUGAUUGCUGGUGGCAACGGUAAAGGUAUUCAAAUGAACCAAUUGAAUCAUCCUGCUGGUUUAUCUUUCGAUGGCCACGGCAAUCUUUACGUCGCCGAUUUUUACAAUCAUCGUAUUCAACACUUCGAUAUUGAGACCAAUUAA